AUGUCCCAAACCGACUCCAAUGGUUCGGGUCAAUUCAUGAAACAGAAUGGCUUAAAGUUGAGUCUCAUUUGUCAGUUCUCCUGUAGUUUCUAUACGCUCCCACAAACACUCCCAAAAGCACUCCAAGAAACAGAGAGAGCAGCUUGCAACGAAAACUAUGUCAGCUUGGACCACCAGGGCUCGCCAGGCCACCAAUCUGGCUUGGCUGUCCCAGAAAAGUCAGCUAAUUCGACUCCUCAAGCUGCCACCCUCAUUCACUGCCGCGAAUUCGCCGGCGGUGGCGGUGAUCAUCAUGGACCUACAAAGGUGAAUUUGUGGGAAGACCCCAUGAACCCAUCUAAAUGGAAAGAAGACCAUUUUGUGAUUGUUUCUUUAACAGGCUGGGGUUUACUCUUUUACGGCGGUUAUAAGUAUUUCACUAGAGGCAAGAAGGAAGAGAAAGAAGAAGAGAGGGUUGGACAGGCAUCCAAGUAAGCUCUACAGGGUGUGAAUACAUAAGAGGCAGUCAGCUAAGUAUACAGGAUGAGAAUGCCUUUCCUAUCCAUAUUACAUGAUGUAGUUUGCCCUGUUUAUGUUAUGUUCUUGACUCUUAAAAAUAAUGGUGGUGACUGUUAUCACUUCUGUUAAUUUCUCUUGUGGUCAUUUCACCAAGCGAAUAAUAAUAAUAAUGAUAGUUUCUGUUGUGGUUGUUUUCA